CCUGUCGGCGUCGGCAGGCCAGGCUCCCAACCACCCAAGAUUUGCCGUGUUUUGAUGUUCGUUUUACUAUACGAUUGAAUUGGAAUCGACAAGGUCGGAACCGAGUAUUGCUUGUAAGGGUUAAGUACGGAUAUUUGCUGUGAAACGGGAAACGUCGGCUGAUUUUACACACCCACACCAUCUUUUUCAUGUCCCGCGCUGAGAGAGAAUCGUUCUCAGGAGAGAAGCCAAGAUGCCACCUAACGUGAGGUUAUUUGGCCGUAAUAUUUGUCACCUUGAAUCAAUCAUUCCAAACGCAAGCAGACAGCCAAACAGGCCUGCGCGCUUCUACUCGGCCAUGUCGCGUCCCAACUUUGCACCUGGAUCUGACGUCGCGGCUCUUGACGCCGCUCUCACCCCUUUGUUGGCCCCUGGCCGCUGGCAGUUGACCCCAGACGGCGAAGGAUUAGAGCGAACCUUCAAGUUUAAGACUUUUGCCAAGACUUGGGACUUCAUGACAGCAGUCUCGCUCCAAUGCAAAAUCAAGAAUCACCAUCCCGAGUGGUCAAAUGUAUACAACACAACUUUCAUCCGUUGGACGACGCACAGUCCUAAGGGACUGUCGGCCAAAGAUGUUGACUUGGCCGCCGUAUGUGAUUCGUUGGCAACCGCCUUUGGAGAGGUCAAGCAAAACCCAGACGAGGAGAAUGCAAAGUGUAAGAUGCGGGACCUGACAUCAACAGUCACAACGAAUUCUGGUGACUGCUGCGUACCAAAGCCGAGCAAGUAGUAUUACAGCUGCUUACUUUCAAAAACUACACACACUGUACUGUCGAGGCAUAUAAGAUAACUUGUUUCAAGUCAUAAUAUCAGUGUAUUAUUACAAAAACAUACUUUGCCGUGAGCAAUGCGCUUAAGACGCCACCCAAUAUGUACUGCUGAAAAUAACAAAUAACAAACCUCUCCGAGCACC